UUUGUGUACAUUUUAAAGCGCAUUUCUUUCUUUUUUCGCUGUUGCUGCAUUUGCUGACAAGAGAUUCGUGCAAGAGAAUGGCUCGCGGUCUAUUUCUGCUGUUUGAGGGCUGCGACCGCAGUGGCAAGUCGACACAGUGCUCGAUGCUGGUGGAGGCCCUGCAACGGGAGGGUGUCAAGGCCAAAUUGCUAAAGUUCCCCGACCGCACGACCGCCAUCGGGCAGAUGAUCAACGGGCUGUCGGAUGAGGCGGCCAUGGAGGACAUCCGGGCAGAGCUGGAGGCAGGCACGACCCUGGUGGUGGACCGGUAUGCGUUCUCGGGCGUCGCGUUCUCGGCGUGCAAGGGACUGAGCAUGAAGUGGUGCAAGGCGCCAGACGUUGGGCUGAUUGCGCCAGGACAGAACCAAGGAGGGACGGCUUACGGCGAGGAGGUGUAUGAGAAGCGCGAGUUCCAGAUUGAGGUGCGCGUCAAGUUUUUUGCGCUGAUGGAGGCUAACUGGUCGAUUGUCGAUGCGAACCGCGACAAGGACACGAUCCAUAGGCAGAUCAUGAACCUGUCCAAGGCGCUUCUCAAACGGCAUGAGAAGGAGCCGCUGCCGCUGGGCAAGCUGUGGGUGGACUAAGCAGCGACAAAACCACAGCAACGGCACUCAAUCGGAUUAAUGGGGCAAGGCUAUAUGUUGUCCGCACUUGUGUCCCUAGUUCUCACUU